CGCAGGACGUGUUGCAGGCAGCAGGCGGGAGCGGCAGCAGCGCGGCUCGGCGCGGCACAGCGCGGCACAGCGCCGCAUCACACCGACACGAGUGUUCCAGAGAGAGCCGAGAAACGCUGCGAUUCUCCGCUCUCUGCCCACGGACUCUUUUCCUCCAGCGGGGACGCAAUGCUCUGGAUUAUGUAGGAUUCGAGGGUUUCUUUUAUCAUCUCACUUUUUUUUUGUUUGUUCUUGUUUUGUACUUUCACCGGAUUGCCUGCAAACUGGGAGCCGUAGUGCCGCCGGAGUAGCCCCGUUCAUCUGUCGCCUACGGAGGGGGGGAACUUUAGUGGAAGUCACCCGAGAGAACACACGGUGUGACAACAUUUGGCCGGACAACACUUUCCUCAUGAGUGAACAGAGUAUCUGCCAGGCGCGAGCCGCUGUCAUGGUGUACGACGACGGAAACAAGAAGUGGGUCCCAGCGGGGGGGUCCACUGGAUUCAGCAGGGUCCACAUCUACCAUCACACCGGGAACAACGCCUUCAGGGUGGUGGGCCGCAAGAUCCAAGACCACCAGGUGGUGAUAAACUGUGCCAUUCCCAAGGGGCUGAAGUACAAUCAGGCCACACAGACCUUCCACCAGUGGAGAGACGCCCGGCAGGUCUAUGGCCUCAACUUUGGCAGCAAGGAGGACGCCAAUGUCUUUGCCAGUGCCAUGAUGCACGCCCUGGAGGUGCUCAACUCCCAGGACUCAGGCCCCACCUGUCCCCGGCAGGGCCCCCAGGCUCAGAAUGGCCCCUCUCCGGAGGAGAUGGACCUGCAGAGAAGGCAGCUUCAGGAGUCGCAAAGGCAGAAGGAGAUCGAGCGAGAGCAUCAGGAGCUGGAGCACCAAGAGAGGGAGCGAGGAGAGAGGGAGCGAGGAGAGAGGGAGCGAGGAGAGAGGGAGCGCCAAGAGAGGGAGCGAGGAGAGAGGGAGCGAGGAGAGAGGGAGCGCCAAGACAGGGAGCGCCUGGAGCGCGAGAGAAAGGAACGUGAACGUCAGGAACGUGAACGUCAGGAGUGUGAAGCAGAGCGGGAGGCUCAGGCGGAGAGGGAGCAGCAGGAGCAGCAGGAGCAGCAGGAGCAGCAGGAGCAGCAGGAGCAGCAGGAGCAGCGCAGCGGGAGAGAGCUGCUGGAGAGGGAGCACGAGCAGCUGGACAGAGAGCAGCAGGACUGGGAGAGAGGAAGACGCAUCUCAAACGCAGCCUUCCAAAGCACCCUGUACACCCCAACACCUCAGGAAUACAGCAGGACGUCCUCCACGCCCGUAUCCCCUUCCUCACCCUCCUACCCGGCCACCGGGUCACACUUGCCCUCCUCCACCACCCCACCCACCCCACCCUUAAGGCAUUCAGCCUCCCGGUUCGCCACCUCGUUGGGUUCUGCCUUCCACCCGGUCCUGCCUCACUACGCCACGGUGCCAAGGCGACAGCAAGCGCCUCUUCCUGCCCCCUCACCCACCCCCCCGCCCAAGUCUGUGGUGUGGUCAGCAUGCAACUUCACUCCACUGCCCCCCUCGCCCCCUGUUAUAACAAGCAGCCCCCCAGGGAAGGCUGCAGGCCUAAGACCAAUAGUCCCGAUCGCUGCCCCCUCCCCUCUCACCCAGAAGCCCCCCUCACCGGCCCCCAACGGCCCGCCCAUGUUCCCUGCACCUUCUCCAGUGACUAUCCAACACAGCCACACCCCUACCGGCAUCGCCUGCCCCACCCCGCCUCCACCACCUACCCCACCCCCUCUCCCCUCCCCCAUAGCUCCCCCUCUGUCUUCUUCCUUCGUCUUGUCUCCCCCAUCCUCAUCCCAGGCUCCUGGUGUGCCCUCUCCCUCCACAGCACCCCCUGCUGCAGCCGCCACCACCUCUGCUGAGCUCUGCUCCCCCCCAGAGGGCCUGGGCCUGUCUGGGCCAGGGGGGUCAAACAUCUCCACAGAGGGGGGGGGCUCGUCCUGUCAGCCCCAGGAUGAGGUACAGACCCCAGAGUGGAUCGCCCCCACCCCUCCACCACCUCCACCCCUGCCUCCCGGCUCUGCUGUGACUUCCAGCCCCUCCACCCCAGCCGGCCACCCUCCCCCACCCCCACCCCCUCAACUGCCCCCUACAUUGACUCCAGGGACCCCUUUUCCACCACCAGGUCCACCUCCUCCUCCCGGACUCCCGCUGCCUCCGCCGCCCCCCCCCCUCCCCCCCGGCCUGUUCUCUCCUGCAGAGGAGCGUCCCAUCUCAGGCCUGGCCGCCGCCCUCGCUGGAGCCAAGCUGCGCAAAGUGCCGAGGAGUGAUGAUGCAGGCGCUUCUUUGGCCGCAGCCAUGUUGGGGGCUGGAGGGCCCGCAGGGGCCAAAUCUGAAGUCAGAGGCAACGGCCCUCUGUCUGGAGGAGGCGGGCUCAUGGAGGAGAUGAGCGCCCUGUUGGCCAGGAGGAGAAGAAUUGCAGAUAAGGGCUCGUCCCCUGAACCUGACCAGAGAUCAAUAAUAACACAGAUACUGUACCGUAACAACUCAGAACUCUGGGUAUUUUCUAUCAGAAGGUUUUAUGAAGAGAAAUGACAGAAAGGAAGUGGGGAUUGAAAAUAAAACCUCUUUUGUUCCAUAUUGCCAUAGAGGUUGUGUGUGUGUGUGUGUGUGUGUGUGUGUGUGUGUGUG